CUUGACCUGUACUACGAGGCUUAUGCUCAACAGUAUAUAGAUUUCAUGUCACAGAACCCUACAACUUAUCAUGUUGUAACUCAUUUCAAGUCCUUGUUAACUAACAACGGAUUCAAAUAUAUUCGGGAAAAUGAGCCCUUCACUGCUGAUGAACCCGGCUUUUAUUUUACUUCCAAAGACGACUCAACUCUUGUUGCAUUCGUUGUUGGUGGAAAAUGGGAACCUAUUAGGGGUAGUUGUUUCAUAGGAAGCCACUGUGAUGCAUUGAGUGUCAAGAUUAACCCUGGAGGUCUGAUAAGAAAAGGUGCAGAAGACUACUCUCUUUUAGGAGUAGCUCCAUACUCAGGAAGCUUGAACGAAUUAUGGUUGAACAGAGAUCUCGGCUUGGCGGGAUCGCUUUUGGUUAAAGAUCCAGCUUCUGGAAAAUUGGCUCGUAAAUUGAUCAAUUCUGCUCCUCAUCCAAUUGGCUUCAUACCCCAAUUGGCUCCGCAUUUUGGAAUCGAAAAGAAGUACAACAAACAGACAGAAAUGGUUCCCAUUGUCGCGUAUUCGUCAGAUAAGGAUCUUGUCCCAACGGAUGAAGAAAAGUCAUCGCAUCUUUACUCAAAGUACCCUUUGUCCUUGUUACGUUACAUCACCACGUUAUCAGGAUACUCACUUUCUUCCAUAGUACAAAUGGACUUGGAUCUUGUAGACGUUCAACCUGCUGCUAGAGGCGGUCUUGGUAGAGAGUUCAUCUAUUCUUCGAGCUUAGACGAUAGAUUAUGCUCAUUUGAUUCUGUCUAUGGUCUCAUAGAAUUCAGCCAAUCCUUCUAUGGCUCUGAGGAUAUUAACGAAUACAACGGAUUGAGUGGUAUAUACUUGGCUAAUCAUGAGGAAAUUGGCAGUGCAACUAGAACAGGAGCUGCAGGUGGUUUCUUGCUUGAUUCGUUGAAGUCUAUCGUAGGUUCUCGUUACAGAACAAACAAUGCGGAGAGAUUACUAGAGUUGACUAAUAAUUCCGUGUUAUUAUCGACUGAUGUCACCCAUGCAUUGAACCCAAACUUCAAGGAUGUAUAUCUUGACAAGAACUUCCCUCUUCCCAACACUGGCCCUAGUAUUAAAUUUGACUCUAAUGGCCAUGUGUUGAGUGAUUCCUUUGCCUAUCAGUUCUUGUCGUCGAUUAUUCAAAAGCACGUUCCUGAAAUUAAGUUACAACAUUUUCAUAUUAGAAACGACAGUAGAUCCGGUGGCACUAUCGGACCGAUUAUGAGUAAUGCUAGUAGAGGUUUGAAUGGUGCCAAGUUGAUUAUUGACGUUGGAUUGCCUAUUCUCAGCAUGCACUCCAUUAGAAGUAUCAUGGGCUACAAAGAUGCCGGUAUUGGUGUGAGAUUCUUCAAGCAAGUGCUCAGUAAUUGGCAGGACGAAGUAGCACACUUGGAUAUUUAG